AUGUACUUCUUAUCUGUGGUAUCUGCCUUCGGGCCUGAAUACGGCCAGAUCGAGCCACAUCAGGCCGGGCAGUCCGAAGAAUCUCUGAAAGGUCAACUCUUCGUCCCAUCUGAUCGUGGUCGGCUUGUGUCAGUGAAACUCGACCUGGCAGCAACGGCAGAGUUCCUUGGUGUGAUCGAAAAAGGUUGCUUUGUGAGAAAUCCGUACCAUAACGUGAUGCAUACUGUAGACGUUAUGCAAGCUAUGCUCACACUCUUGAUGGCAACAACAUGUCCUGAUUUUUUCUCUGCUCAAGAGCUGCAAGCCGGCCUUAUUGCGGCUGCGAUUCACGACUACGAGUACCCGGGUGUUGACAGCUCUUUCCUUGUUAAUAUUCGGCACCCUAUGGCGAUCCGAUAUAGUGACAGCGCUAUAUUGGAAAAUCACCAUGUUGCCGCGGCGUUUGCCUUGCUGAGUGAUAUGGAUGUAAACCCUAUGGCGAAUUAUUCCGAG